GACCUCGUAGUGGUAGCUCGUAGGGUUCAACGAAUCACACUGCCUACCCGCACACGCUGCACCAGCGCCAGAGGCCGCCAAGCACGCAAAGCGCACGCAACCCGCACGCGGCGGCGAUGGCGGACGACGUCGCCCCGUGCACCGCAUCCGGUUACCUCGACCCCUCCUACUGGGACGGGCGGUUCGGGAAGGAGGAGCACUACGAGUGGUUCAAGGACUUCUCCCACUUCCGCCACCUCCUCGCCCCGCUCCUCUCCCCCUCCCUCUCGGUUCUGGAGGUCGGCUGCGGCAAUUCGCGGCUCGGGGAGGAGCUCUUAAGGGAGGGCGUCGCCGGCGGCGUCACCUGCAUCGACCUCUCGCCCGUCGCCGUCCAGAGGAUGCGCGACAGACUGGCGGAGCAGGGCACCACUGGUGUGGAUGUGGUGGUGGCUGACAUGCUUGACCUUCCGUUCGAGAGCGAGAGCUUCGACCUUGUGAUCGAGAAAGGGACCAUGGAUGUGUUGUUUGUGGACAGUGGUGAUCCAUGGAACCCCAAUCCUACAACAGUGGAUAAUGUAACCAAAAUGCUUGAAGGUAUCCACAAGGUUUUGAAGCCAGAUGGCAAAUUUGUAUCAAUUACCUUUGGACAGCCACACUUCCGUCGUCGAUUUUUCGAAGCACCUGAGCUUACAUGGUCUGUUGAGUGGAACACCUUUGGCGAUGGCUUCCAUUAUUUCUUCUACAUCCUUCAGAAGGGCAAAAGAUCACCAGAGUCCACCGGUCACCAAGUUACAUUGCCUGCUGCUCCAAGCUUCAAUAUGCUCCAUGAUGAGCUCGAAAGCGAGGAUUACUUAUUUCGCACAAAUGUUGAUGAGUUAUAAGCAGUAACUCAGUAAGCGAGUGCGCCAGUUUUGGAGGUUUUGAUUCUACGCCAUACACAUGAAGGGGCUGAUCGCUAAGCAACCCAGCGAGUGAUGCUUGUACAUGCCUUGUUGUGUGGUGAUGUAACAUUGCCCAGCAGGCUAGAGAUCUCUGUAUCAUCAGAACUGACAAUACACACCUAUUCUCAAUGUUAACCUUCUGGCGUUAUUUCAGAUUCAUUAAAAA